AUGCCUCCAAAGAAAGGGUUAAAGAGGAAGAGAUUAACAAAGGCAACGGUGGAGCCAGGCUCGACGGAGGAGCCAUCCCCGACGGUGGAGCCAUCCACCACAACGACGGUGGAGCCAGGCUCGACGGAGGAGCCAUCCCCGACGGUGGAGCCAUCCACCACAACGACGGUGGAGCCAGGCUCGACGGAGGAGCCAUCCCCGACGGCAAUUGAGGGAGAACAACAAGUCCCAGAGACAUUAAGUCCGGUUUUAGAAGAGUCUGACAAGAAUGAGGAAGAAAAUUCAAAGAAGAAUGAGGAAGAAGAGAGUGGCGAAGAAGAGAGCGAAGAAGAAGAGAAAGAAGAAGAGAAAGAAGAAGAAGGGAAUGAGGAAGGAGAGGAGUCCUCCGAUGAUGAUGGUAGUAGAUCUUUGGGCGGAGAGUCCUCCUCUGAUGAGAAUGAUAAUGAGGAGGAUGAGAUUGCGCCAGAAAAUCAGCCGGAAAAUGCGAUGAACUGGGAAUACUAUGUGUUUGAAUUCUGGGUAUAA